AAGAAGCAGAAAACAAAAGAAAAGAAAAAUUAAAAACUACCACAGACCGAGAGUUUCCUGAUCCCCUUCCUCGAGGUGGGAAGGAGGAUUCUCUCUAUCAACAACUUCUGUUUCUUUCUGGCAUUUCUUUCGUUUCUUUAGUGUGAUACCCCUUUGCUUCAUUAUUAAGAAAAGGAACCCUUGCAAAAAGUGGAAAAAAACAGAGAAGGGAGGAGAAAAACCAAGCACUGAAGUUGAUUUUGCUCAAAGUCCAACCCAUCAUAUCGUUGUUAUGAAGCAAGAUCUGGUUUCUAUGGGCUAGUUGGCUUUCAGUUUAAGGACACGUUAAAGUUCAGAAAAUAAAGGGAUAUUAAGUCAAUGGAUACCGAGGAAAAGGAAAACAGAAAACAUUUAUGUGAAUGAAAAGCUCUAAAAUAAUAAAAAUAUUGAUGACAUCAAGAACUUUGAGGAGAAGACUCCUUCAUGGGGAUGUCGAUGGAAAAAGGCAAGAGCAUUUGGAGACCUCAGGGCUGGAUGGUUUGGACGAGCCUCUGCUAGGGAAUUCUGAGCAUGAUGAUGGGCAUUCAGAGGGAUCCAAGCCUGAAGAUCUUUGGGAUGAGGAACGGAGGAAAGAAAAUCUCCAUUGGACACUUAUAUUUUCUCAAUUGAUUGCACAGUGGGCAGAAUGGUUAGCAAAUAUUGUCCUUGGAUCCGGGUCUCUAAUUGGACGCCUUCUAGCUUUUUCUUCCAACAUCCAAAGAGGACAAAGCAAUAAACUGCUUCCACCCACCCUUAGUCCCUUGCAGGAAGAAAGGCUCAGAAAUCUACAGCAAAGGCUUGAAGUCCCCUUUGAUGGCACUCGUGGGGAGCACCAAGAUGCACUGAAAUUGUUGUGGAGGCUGGCUUUUCCUAAUAGGGAGCUCCCAUCUCUUAAAUCAGAGCUUUGGAAGGAAAUGGGUUGGCAAGGUCCUGACCCUUCAACAGAUUUUAGGGGUGGAGGUUUUAUAUCACUGGAGAACCUGAUCUUUUUUGCCCAGAAGUACCCGGAAUCAUUCCAGAGAUUAUUGCACAAACAAGAUGGAACUAGAGCUGAGUGGGAAUAUCCUUUUGCUGUUGCUGGGAUCAAUAUUUCUUUCUUGUUGGCUCAAAUGUUGGAUCUUCAAUCAGGAAAACCAACUUCGUUGGCAGGAAUUCGCUUUCUAGAAUUGCUUGGGGAGGAUGAAAGGGCGUUUGAUAACCUCUAUUGUGUAGCGUUUCAAAUGUUGGAUGCUCAAUGGCUUGCAAAGCGUGCUUCUUAUAUGGAUUUCAAUGAUGUUCUUAAGUCAACAAGAACUCAGUUAGAGCGUGAGCUUGCACUUGAAGAUGUCUUCGGCGUGAGAGAUUUACCAGCAUACAACCUCUUGAGAAGAUAAUCUACUCUACUACUUAUAUUAGUCUGUCAACUCUUCUGUUCUCUGCAGAUUUUGUAACAUAAGAAUUGUGUCCAUAUCUCUGAAACCACACCAAAAAUUGUGUUCUUUGAAAUGCCAUUUCUUUAAUUUCAUUGAACUUAAUCUUUAGUUGCA